UCACAAAAAGCCGCACAAAGCCUCGCCAAUUGCACAGAAUUCGGUACAGCAUUGCACCGCUCGAAAACACCAUAAAAACCUCUCGUCAAUAUGCCUCUACCACGCAAUUUCAUCACCGCGGAAACGCUCAAGUUCGGCGUGUAUAUUCUCUUCCCGGUCGGCGUCCUCUAUUUGUUCAACAGGCCCGACUUGCAGGAGAGGUUAACGAAGGAGCAGAUGGAUACGAUAAACACGUUCAGAGUACCAGAAGACCAAUUAUUUAAACUACCGAGUAAUAUGACCGAAGUCAGGGAGGAGACUGCACGACUGCGUCGAUUACGACAGGAGCGAAAACAGCAGCAGACUACAGAGACUUCCAGUUCCGCCUGAUGCGACUGUGACGUUGUGACCCUGGAGGGAUCGUGUGAUGAUGGGACGUGGGUAUACGCAUUCGCGACGGUUGUUGCAGCGAAGCUGAUGCAUGGCUCACUCGACGAGCAUCACUUCCUGCCGUCCCGUUUCCGGAACGCAAAGGCCAUAUAGAGCCCUGCGAACCGGUCCAAGUCAGUGAUCCGUACGAGAAGGGGUAUUCACCGCCCGAACGGAAUGGGGCGCCGAACAUACCUGUUGAUUCCCAUUCAUCUGCGGACAUUGUUCCUUGAUCGUUUACAACGUUCAUUCGAUAUAGCAGCUCCUUGUACUGAGGAUCUCGCGACUCCUCCUCAUACAGCUCGUGCAAUGGCUUCUUGUAAACUAGUUCAAGUCCGUAUUCUGAUGCGAGCCUAAGUUAAAAUGAUACUGUUAGACCCUGAAUCAAAUGUCUCAAAGCUAGAUACGCGGACACGUACCGUUCGAAAGUGCGAAAGUUGA